AUGCCCACGGCGGACUGCAGGCUGCUCCAUCAUGGCCGGAUCAUGAGGUGUUGGACGUAUCUGCUGCUACUCCCCGAAACGCUGAAAAAGUCCAAGCAGGUCGGCGGGCUCCCGGGCAGGCUGCCGCUGUACUAUGAGAUCCUGAGCCUGUCCCUGGGCAGCAAGAAGGACAAGAGGCAGAGGAAGAUGGCCGCGGAGCUCUACCCCGCGUCCGGCAACACCAACCUGGCCAACGGCACCACGGUGGCGGACACCGACAAGAGCAAGGCGGCGCAGGUGAGCCAGGCCGGCGGCAGCAGCGGCGGCGGCGGCAGCGCGGCCACCACCCCGACCACCCAGCAGAACAUCAACAACAACAACCUGGAGCCCCCCAGCUGGCAGAGCAGCCACCCCACACUGAGAGAGAGGAAUGCCUUGAUGUUUAACAAUGAGCUGAUGGCUGAUGUCCACUUCAUCGUCGGCCCCCUGGGGGACUCGCAGAGGGUUCCAGCUCACAAGUACGUGCUGGCCGUGGGAAGCUCCGUCUUCUGUGCCAUGUUUUACGGCGAUCUGGCGGAGGAGGACCCUGAGAUCCAUAUCCCAGAUGUGGAACCUGCUUCUUUUCUAAUUCUGCUGAAGUACAUGUACAGUGAUGAGAUUGACCUGGAGGCAGACACGGUGCUGGCCACCCUGUACGCUGCCAAGAAGUACAUUGUCCCUGCACUGGCCAAGGCCUGCGUCACCUUUCUGGAGACGAGCCUGGAGGCCAAGAAUGCCUGCGUGCUGCUGUCUCAGAGCCGCCUGUUCGAGGAGCCCGAGCUGACGCAGCGAUGCUGGGAGGUGAUCGACGCUCAGGCCGAGCUCGCUCUGUGCUCCGAGGGCUUCUGCGAGAUCGACCUGCAGACGCUGGAGAUCAUACUGCGGAGGGAGACCCUGAACACCAAGGAGGUGGUGGUGUUUGAGGCCGUUAUGAACUGGGCCACAGCGGAGUGCAAGAGACAAGGUUUGGGGCCGACCACUCACAACAGAAGAGAGGUCCUUGGCAAGGCGCUGUUUCUGGUGCGCAUCCCCACGAUGAGCCUGGAGGAGUUCGCUAACGGGGCGGCGCAAUCUGACAUCCUGACACUGGAGGAGAUGCACAAUGUGUUCCUGUGGUACACUGCAGCUAAAAAGCCUCAGCUGGACUUUCCUCUGACUGCGAGGGCGGGUCUGGCGCCUCAGAGGUGCCAUCGCUUCCAGUCCUCGGCCUACCGGAGCAAUCAGUGGCGCUACCGCGGCCGGUGCGACAGCAUUCAGUUUGCUGUGGACAAGCGGAUUUUUAUCGCUGGUUUGGGACUGUAUGGGUCGAGCGGCGGCAAAGCAGAGUACACUGUCAAAAUUGAACUCAAGAGACAGGGGGUGGUCCUGGCCCAGAACCUGACCAAGUACGUGUCGGACGGGUCGAGCAGUACGUUCCCUGUGUGGUUCGAACAUCCUGUUCAGGUGGAGCAGGACGCGUUCUACACAGUGAGCGCCGUGCUGGACGGGAACGAACUCAGCUACUUCGGCCAGGAGGGCAUGACGGAGGUGCAGUGCGGGAAGGUGACCUUUCAGUUCCAGUGUUCCUCCGACAGCACCAACGGGACUGGAGUACAGGGAGGACAGAUCCCCGAGCUGGUGUUCUACGCAUAAGCUGCUCUGGACUGCUGAUGGGAACUCGCCUCCCAGCCUUUAAAGUAAUGUAGCAGUAAAGACACUUGAGUAAUGUCACACUUCGGCCUGGUUACUUCUCCAAGAGACUGUUUUAAAAAGGAGCGAAGGAGCUGUCGUUUCAUCUUAUUUAAUUUAAUGUUUUUUUUUUUUAUUUAAAUACUUGGUUAACGUUAUUUGCUCGGGUGCGUGUGUGUUAAAGGGCUGCGGCUGCUGUAGAGAAAAAACAUUAACACAGUGAUUUGUGGUUAUGUAAUCAAGCUGAGCUCAGCAAGCGGAACAACGAGUGACUGCUUCACAGUGUGUAAAUCGCGAGUCCUUCUACGAUGUUGUUGCUACGGUCCAGGCGGCAACAUCACGACCAGGAGCGGACUUUAUGUCGUGUUAUGAUUCUAAACGCAGAGAGAGGAAGAAAAAAAAAAAAAAAGGUAGAAAUCUUGUGGAGUUGUUUUGCACUUCAGAGAAACGGCCUCGGAAACGUUGUGUCUUUUGUAAAAAAAUAUGACAACGGCUUGAUGCUGUUUGAGACCAGAUGUGUUCUGUACAAGAAUGCCUAUACACCUGAUGAUGAAACAUAAAGGUAUUAUAAUGUGAUUGAA